AAUAAAAGAACACCUGUCCGCGGGUCUGAGCGAGUCAGCGGGUCGGUCCGGCGACACAGAACCUCCCAAAGUCCGCAGGUUUUUAUCUGAUGAGCUUUAGAAGUUUGUUUUAAGCCGCUUUACGGGCAGCAGGACCAGCUCGGAGACCAUGUGGGCCGCAGUGACUGACCGCUGCGACGCUUUUUUAAAGGAGCAGAACGUGUUGACGGACCUUCUGGCCAAGCUGGAGGAGCGGACCGGAGUUCAGAGGCAGUUCCUCGCCGCAGGUGCAGUGUCCUUCCUUGGGCUGUAUCUGUUGUUUGGUUACGGUGCGUCUCUUCUCUGCAACCUGAUUGGUUUUGCGUAUCCUGCGUACGCUUCUAUUAAGGCAAUAGAGAGUCGUACUAAGGAGGAUGAUACGCAGUGGCUGACCUACUGGGUGGUGUACGGACUCUUCAGCGUGGCCGAGUUCUUCUCCGAUAUUUUCCUCUUCUGGUUCCCCUUCUACUACGCUGGAAAGUGCGUGUUCCUGCUGUGGUGCAUGGCCCCCGUCUCCUGGAACGGUUCUCAGAUCAUCUACAUUCGGCUGGUUCGGCCUUUCUUCCUCAAACACGAGGCUGCGUUCGACUCGGUGGUGAAGGACCUGAGCGGAAAGGCCAAGAGUGCAGCUCAGGCUGCAGCUGCAGAAGGCAUUAACUUGUUGGCAGACGAUAAGAACAAAUGACUCUGCGGGCGUGACGAGCAGAAGAUGAUGCUGUUUAGAUGUUUUCUCUCCUGGGUGCCUUUGAUUCCCUCAACACAUUUCAUUUCGUUUAAUCAGUUUAAUCUAAUAAACCCUUUCUAACAGGCGCUCUGUCCGGCCGUCCCACUCUCUCUGGAGGAAAUGCACACAGAACUGUAGUUAAUAUGAAGCUGAAACUGAGCCUGAGGAGCGGCGGCCGAGCUGAGAGCCCAGGUGUUUCCAGGUUCAUCUCAAUGUGAACGUUAUCGUUAAUGUACAUGUUUGUGUUGCAUUCGCCCCAUAAAACUCAGCACAAUCUGAACUGUGA